UCAACUUGUCUACUUUUCCUGUAUAUUCCGACCAUAAAACAUUGUUAGAAAAGUUUGAAGAAUCCAUUUUGAUCUAUAAUACAUCUUUUCAGAGCUCAAGGGGACAAAUAAAAGCUAAAAUAAAGAGGAUGGGAGAAUAGCACGCAUGCGCAGUAGCCAUCAACGCGACUUAUUUCACAAGGGGAGGUCAGGACUUAUUUCUCGCCGCCCCGCCACCCCAAGAACCAGUGUUUUGAAUGGAGUGUCUGGACGCCGCGGUCAAUCUUAUGCCUUUUUACCGUCUUUCUCGCCCUGGCCGCCCGUGUAUCCCGUGUGUGUUGUCUCCCCGUGUGCAGGAAUAUCUUCUCGCCACACCGAUGCCAAGGAGGAGGUGUGUGAGCCAAGGGAACGGACGCCAGAGUGGAUUUUAGCGGAGUUCACGUCAACCUCCAUAGCAGACAGCACCCCAGCAAGCAGUCAGUGGAUCAGCGUCGCCAUGGAGGCCACACUAGGGAAGAUCAACGAGGUGGUCAGUGAGGCGGCCGGUCAUCUACAGUCGCUGUGGACGGAGAUCGGCUUCAAUGAGGAUGUCUGCCAACACAGACAGCACAAGAUGGUGGAGCAUGUCAAGAGCCUCAUGACGGACAUGGUCGAGGGAGAGAGGAGCCUUAUGAAGACGUUGGUGAAGAGUAUUGAGGAUAAUGGAUCAAGGUUUUACCAUCUCAACAAGGAGUUGAGUGCUAACCUAUCUGAGCCUGAGGAGCACCUGUCACUGAUGGAGCUGGAGCGUUACCUGCGGAAGUCCGUGACAGAGAUGGAGAAGGAGGUGAAGGCGCGGCGAAAGGACCUGGAGGAGCUGAGAGCCAGGGAACAGGAGCUGUGCGAGUGUCUAAAGGAGGACCUCAGUAUGAUGGAGAAGAAGGCCAUCCCCAGCAAAGAGUCUGUCCAGGACCUGAAGCGCGUAGUCGAUACAUUGGAGCAGGAAAAGAUCGACAGGAACAAGAACUUCCUCCGCCUGAAAAACAACCUGGAGCGGCUUCUGCAGGAGCUGGAGCAGCCGCCAACCAGCUCCUUUGAGUGCUCGGUGGUGACGGGCCUCGAGGAUCUGUUCGUGCUAUCCAGGGACAACCUCAGGCGCCUCAAAGUGCUGAAUGAAGAGUAUGAGAAAAGGGUGGAGGACAACAAGAGGGACGCCAUGAAGCUACAGGAGCAGAUCCGGCAGCUGAGUGAUCGCCUCGGCCAUGACCCAGGUGAACGGGAUAGACUCCUGGCGUCGCUUGCUGGCCACACCCCAUCCGCCCUCUUCAAGCUACAAAUGGAGUUGGACAGACUGGAGGAGGCCAAGAGGGAGAACAUGGAGCUCUUCAUCAACCAACUGAGACAAGAGCUGGAGCAGAUGUGGGAGAAGUGCUACAUUGGGGAGUGUGAGAGGGAAGCGUUCGCCCCAUACUGCGCAGAGGAACACAGUGAGGAGGUCUUUGAGGCCCACCAGGAUGAGGUAGAGAGGCUGAAGAAGCACCACCAGGAAAACAAGAAGCUCUUCACCACCCUCGACCACUGGCACAAGCUCUGGCGGAAACAUCUCGACCUCGAGGAACGCUCCAACAACCCGAACAGGCUCUUCGGGAACCGUGGCUGUGCGCUGCUGCAGGAGGAGAAGGAGAGGAGGAGGGUGAAGGCUGAGUUGCCCCGAGUGGAGAAAGAGGUGGAGGAUCUGGCCAAGGAGUACGAGGAUGCCAAUAGCCAGCCGUUCUUGGUGAAGGGGCAAGAGGUGGCCAGCUACAUCCUGGACCACUGGCACCGCUACCAUGACCAGAGGGAGCAGGAGAAGAAGGAACGGCAAUCAGUGCGUACAAAGGAACUGCUCCACGAGACGCGAUCGGGCAGCAGACCUCGCACCGGAAGCGUGAAGAGGCAGCUGACAGGGGAGAGCGGCACCAGGAAGUGGGCCAAGCAGCGCCGCGUGCAGGAGAACUCUUCCCCUGAACCCUCCUCACUGUCCUCCAUGUGCACAACGCCACAACACUUGGGAGGCCGAGGCAUCCUGAGGGAGAAGAACCAGAAGACGCAGCGACAAAACACUGUUGAGAAGAACGGCAGCACGGCCUCGUCGCAGGCGUCCCAGGAUAUCUCCACGUACUCGGUCUUCUCGAACACCAUCCACCUGCGUAGCCGUCGCGAGAACAUCCGCAGCUCCGCCAUCUACGGGAUCAGCCGAACCCCAGGACCCAACACUACCAAGCGCGUCUCCCCUAGGCGGGCACCCCAGGGACUCCCCAGGACGCCCAGGACCCUCCCCCGGGCUGCCCCACGCCGCUCCCCGCGCCUCAACACCUCAAGGACGCAGACGAGAGCCAAGAGGAACAUCACCGCAGCCUCGCCAGGUCUCUCCGCCGCCUUCAGGUCCCCGCACAGGUCCAGGAUGCAGCUGACCCCUGGUACGAACAUGACCGCCACUAAUACCACCACCACCGCCACUCCUACGCGCUGGAGUAAGGUUAGCUUUCUUAUCUGAGAGACUUAUCCGGUGAGGAAAUGGACAGCAGAGAAUUAAUACUGCUCUUCAUACUCCAGAACAGACUUUAAGUUACCUGAUUAAUUGCUUUCUUAUCUGAGUCUCUUGAGAGGUGAGGAGACAAUUGGUGCACAUUCCACCCUGUCAGGAGAGAGUUAAUACUCCUUUUCACACUCCAGAGAAAUUUCGAGUUAACUGAUACUUUCUUACCUGAGUCUCUUGAGAUGUGAGGUGUCUAGUUUGCAUGCCACUCAGUUAGGAGAAGGGUAAUAUUCCACUUCAUACUCCAGAACAUUUUGACUGACCUUGAUUAUUAACCUCCUUGAUAAUUAGCGUCCUCUUCUGAGUCUCUUCAGAGGUGAGGAGCUGGUUGGUAUGCAUUCUACCCAGUCAUGAAAGUCAAUACAGUCUUCCCUUAAAUAUUCACUGGAGCUACAUAACACUAGACCUCCCUGAAUGUUAAACUGCUGCUUGUAUAUGCUCCCGCCCUUAGAAACAUUCCUAGCCUGCCUUUUUCCUUAGAACUAAAGUGGUGGUGGCGUUGGUGUUGGGAGCAGGAUAUGUUUGAACAAGUCUUUUGCUUUUGGUUGUUGGAAAAAAACAUCUUCCUGGUGCUUGUUAUGUCUCCCCUGCAAGAACCUGGGCUGUUUUUUUUCUCAAUUAUCGUUAAGCACAGCAGUAAAAGUGUAAUAAUUCAGCUUUAAUUUAAAUAUGUUUCCUCCCAGUCAAGGUGUGGCGAUAAUUCCGAUUAAUUGUCGUUUUAAGGUUUGAGUUACCACAUUUCAUUCACUGGCUCUGAUUUUUUAUGCUUUUAUUUCAUACUUUUAAGGGAGCAUUCACUUCCUUCAUUAGAACCCGCUAUUGAUAACCUUUUUAAUACGUAGACUUACAUUUUUUUACUGAACUCCGUCACGCAUGCUUGGCCAAACGUGUGUGUUCUUAUCAUUCCCUUAGUCGUACACAAGUGAUUUAUUUUAGUUUAAAUUUUUUAUGCACCUUGUUUUUUAUUAUUUCCUCCUUUGUAUUCCAAUAAUCCACUUCUGUACACCUUUUAAUCUUCCUUUCGUGCAUUCUUCGUCAUUCCUUGGAUUUCACGUUUCACAUCAAGGGUCACAGUAGCUAAUAAGUCUAAUAAUAUCCAGUUUGUCCCUGAAUUACCUAACUUUCAUAUUAAGCAGAUUCAAGAUGCCUCACUACUUGGCUCAAAAUGGCUGACUAAUUUUGUUUGAGUCCUCUACAUUUUUUUACAGUAAGGUAAUGAAUCAACAAGUACAAUAAUAAUUAGGUUCCUCAGGCUGGAUCUUAUAAAUACAUGUAUAUAUCUCUUGGCAAUGAUGUAUUAACCUAUUUGUAUAUACUGCCAAUCACUCCGUUAGUUACCUUUGUAUAGCUUAGGGUUAGGUUAUUCCGAAGGGCGGCUUCAGGCUUAACAAAGAAGCAUAAUAUUUAACCCUGUAUAUAGUAUCCUUUGUUGAUUUAAGCUGGACAUCAUAAGCGUUUUCAUUUCAUCACCAUAACAUUUUUUCUUUUUUACGGACUGUCUGUUAGGUGAGAAAAGCUGAUUUUUUUACUUAGGUUGAUAGCAACUUCAUUUUUAUUUUCAUUUUUUAUUUCUCAUUUUUUUAAAGCUGUUCCUUGAUGAAAAGCUUAAAAUGUUUUGUUACUUAGGUAGCUAAUAGUUUUUUUUUUCAGGUGGUUUUUCUCAUUUAUUUUAUGCUGUAGGAGUAAUGUGUUCCUUGCUGAGCCAAUACUUACCUUCCUCCUCUUCAUUUUAAUCAGUAGUUGCAGAUCUUUUAUGGAACGUCGGUCACAAGGUUCUCUCGAUGCUUUGUGAAGUGUAUGACUUGUGGAUUCCUUCCUCUGAGGCAUUUGUAAAAAGCCUCCAAUCAUGAGAAUGUUGCAUAAUAUUUGUACCUCUUUUCGUAGAGUUUUUAUACAAAUGUUUAAGGAUAAAGUAUUGUUUUCUAUUUCAUUAUGAGACUUUGAUUAAUGCCCUUUACUUUUAACUCAUGAAUUACUACCUCUCUUUUGCCCUCUUGUUCGUUUUCUUUUGUCGGAGCAGCGUCUAGUAGGCAUUGUUCAUACGUUUUGUUGACUUGGUAAAUGGGAAGUUCAAGUCCCCAGUCACUAACUUUACCCAGCCAUGGUUGUCUGUCCUCUGUAUUUAUAAUAGAAGGUAUUCCUGAGCCUGGGGGAGUGUCAGGGGGAACUCGAGGAACAUGGUCUUGUAAUAUUACAUUUUUUGUGCCUUAGGUGUAGUGUUUAUAGGGGGAGGGUGUGUGUGUAUAUAUUUAUCUAUAUGCGUGUAUAUAUGUGUACCGUAACAACCUUAGAUUCACAGACGAGUCUUACAUAGUCCGAGGAAACCCUGCAAAGAAGGAUCAAGGAACUUUGCAGUCAGAAAGUAGCCCAGAAGAUGAAGAUGAGGAAGACAAAGUUCACAACAGUCUUGGAAGUGGGUCUUUUAUCUAGUUGAGGCCAGCCAGCUAGCUUCCAUCCAUAAGUUAUAAUUUAUGAUUUUACCUGUAUUCAGUCAUUCAAUCAGUGGGGGGGCUUGCCGCCUCGCCCACCCUACAACGCCAAGUCCAGGGGUCCUUCUGGGCAAGUCUCCAUGCAGGCCCCUUCUCAUCUGAAGUACCUCAAGGCAAGAUCUAUCGGCUUGCUCAAGCUACGAAUUCUGUGGGCGUCCCCUCGGUCUCCUGUAUUGUGGCAUGCUAUAUGGGUACAUGGCAUGCUUCCCAGAUGUCGAAACAACCCUGAGUGGAGACCAAGGGGGCUGCCCGUGUAACUCACGGCUAGGACAAGUUGAUUAAUCCUUGGAGGGUCUUGGAACGGGAAGGGCAGGUGUGUGGAGGCUUGCCCGGGUUGACUGACGGGAGUGGCGUUGGCAGGUGACAAGCAACUCGCCUCCUGCUGUAUGCUUCACCCUAGUUCCCUUUAUUUUGAGUUGUGAAAGAUUCCAUAAUAGUGAUUGGCUGGCACUUCACCCAGUCAAGAUUGCAAUGCUUAUUUUCUUAUUGAAUAGACUACAAGUACAUCGUCUGUGUCAGUAGGAUAUUGAAAGGUAUAAUGUAUAUAUGGAAGUCAUUUAUUGAUACACCAUUAAUCAUACAUAGGUAUUUAUACAUAGUGAGAUCAGGCAGGAUUUGUAUUGGAAAAUUUUGACUAUGUGGCUGUGGGGUUUGUAAACAUACUGUGGGGUGACAUCCUGUGUGAGAGAGAGAGAGAGAGAGAGAGAGAGAGAGAGAGAGAGAGAGAGAGAGAGAGAGAGAGAGAGAGAGAGAGAGAGAGAGAGAGAA